UACGCCAUCGUGUGGUGCCGCCUCAUAAAGGUUUAAAAUACGUUAAUCAACCCCGUCACAAGGGGCCUGAGAACGAGUCUAUAUGUUGUUUAUAAGAUCUCUCUUCGGUAUUUAAGGCGCAUUCCUUUGUUUGGACGCAACAUUACGCAAUACAAUGAGUGGAGACAAGCAUGUGAAAGUUAUCUUCAACGGUGAAGACAAGAGGCAAAUCAAGUUACCUCGCCCAGAUUUUGUUGAUGUCAAGGGAGUAAUAUGCAGGCGAUUUGGUGUCCAGUCUGACGUAUCCAUAGUUGCCAUUGUACCUGAAGGGGCUCGCCAAGGAGAGUACGUGAUCUCAUCUAGCGAUGACCUUCAGGAUCUAUGGGAGGAUUUCACAGAACUCCACAUCACUGGCAAACGGACUGAUUCGGGUGAAAUAACGUUGACCGAAGGCUUGCGGGUGAUAUUCAACAACGACCGUGAAGACGUGAAACGUAUCACGUUCACUCGCAAUGACAUUGAGGACAUCAAGAAGGUCAUCUGCGAACGGUUCUUUGCCGAGAAGGUUUCUUUGCGUGCCAUCAUCAAGGGAGACAACAACAAGUAUUCUAUUUCAACCAACGACGACGUCAAGGAAAUGUGGAAGAGCAUCGUUGAAUUGCAUGUCACUGGCAAAAAGAAAAGGUUGGACAUCGAUGUGACAGUGGCGAUCAAUAGGGAACGGCAUUCCAUUGAUGUAGUUCCUAACCCAAGUACUGCUGUCGUCCUAAAGGCGCGGCAAGAGUUGGGAAUCAUCGACGACUUGGUGCAGAUUGACAAGAGCUUCAGGAGAAUGGGUGCCAUUGCUAACAUCUCCUACUUUGCCGCUGUUGCCACUGGGAAUCAGGAUUUGCAGUUGGGGACAAAAAAUCUUGGAUUCAGCGCCAUCGAAAUUUGCCAUGCCGCCGAAAAUACGGUUCAGAGUUAUGUCAUUACUUGUGGGACUGUGAAUGAGACGUUCCACACCGCUAUCAUUUACCUGUUGGAGAACGACUACGACAGAGCACUCAGAAUGAUUUCUUCUUUGGAAGGUGCGGCUCAAGUAUGUACAGACAAGACAAAGACGCUGAUUGCCAAGAUCGAUAAAGUCUCUGGGAGCAAGAUCCUCUCCGAUGAAAUGAGACAAAUGAUAAUGGAAGAAAGAGAAAAGGCCGAGCUGUUGGAGAAAGAAGAGAAGAAGAAACGAUUAGAGUUAGAGCACGUUCAGUCAGAGAUCAGGGAAUCGACUAAACCAGGAGCAGUCAAGCCAUUUCUGCAGGUGUUAGUGUCAAACCUCUUUCGUGCUGCGAAUGUUGUUGUUGGAGCUGUGACAAGUUCUGCGCCCAAGUUUCUUCUGGCAGCUGGAAAGGGGCUAUUAGGUUAUGCGGCGGAAAAGGAAGAAGAUGAAGAGAAGAAAAAGGAUGAAACACGUAUGAGAGAGGAGGAAAAACGCAAAAAUAAGCAUGAUGCCGAGAAGCACAACAUCCAGCUAAGCCUUGACCUGCGGGAUCUGCAGAAAGAUAUCCAAGAGGCCAAGAAUGAUAGGUGUGGCCACAUUCUUGGUGGCGAACUCUUGAAGAUGAAGUUGGAUUUAAUAACCAUCAACAACUUCUUCGAAGAGUUGCUGUUGUUUUGCCAGGCAAUUAAGAUGGCCGAAAAACAGUUGAUGGCAAAUAUGGGACCCUGUCAGACGGCCAAGGGAGGAGAGGUGGCGAAGGUCAAUUGCAGAGAACUAUUUGAAUCUCCAGGAUUCAAGCAGCAACUGGUUAACUACAUGGCAAAGUGGGUGGCGAUCAAAGAGGUUUGUCUGGAGUGUCGAGGCACACUGAAGAAGACCGAGCUACAGCUCCAUGAUCACAUCGAGAAGAACCCGACCAAGGAAGAGGCAAGGCGUGACAUCAAUUCGAUGGUUGAUGACAUGAGGGAGAACCUGUGAGCGGCAAGAAUCGCAGCUGGAUCGAAUGAACCAGAAAGAUACAUUGACUUUUUGAUUGAAUGAAUAUCAUUUUUUUUAAGUGUUGCGCUAAGAUAGGUUAGGCAGUGGUCACUACUUAAUGUGGGGGCUCAGUAUUGAUUAAGAUAUUUGCAAAACGUCCAUGGGUUUCAGUAAAAGAGGGCGAAGGAAUCCAUAGUUAAAAGGGACUAAGAGGUAGGAAUACCCCCACUUCAAAAGUUUGCCCGUGUGUGUAAGUGCGCUUAUUUACGGCAAGACCAAUUAGUGAGGCGACGAAAAUUCACAAGAUUCUUCCCAUUUGGUUCCUUACAAGGCCCUAUGUAGAUUAUUUCUCUUACUUCUCCAUUUACGCUUAAUGGCCAUUUCUAAUUUAGACAAUGUUCUUGAAACCUUACAUCCAUGCCGACUUUACUGGCGGUGAACAUCCACCUAAAGUCUCCUCCGUGAAGGAUGGGUAACAACGACAGCAGAUCGGCAUGAAUACCUCAUGUUUCGCAAUCGCUUGUGGUUAAGGGUAAAGUUAGACUAUUAUUGUGCUUUGGCGGCGUGUGCUUUCUCAAGCUCCCUUGGCAUUAGAGGGAACUGGAACCGCCGAGCGAUUUAUUCAACUUUUCGACUUUCACCGCCCGAGAAAGUCAAACUUCCAACUUCCUAUUCGAGUUUAGAUUUGUAGUUCCGCCCCCAGUGCCCGAGCAUGCGCAGUUCAAUUUGUUAUUAUUGAGAAUCAUGUGAGAAUCACGUGAGUCAUGCGAUCUUUCAUUCAUGAGUUUUCGUAGUAAAUUCCAUAGUAGUGACGUCACUCAAUGAUUGACAGCUAGGCGCCAUGUUUCAUUCAUGCCUCGUUCUGAUCACCCGAUACGCGGGAAAUGAAAACGAGGUCAUACGAACUGGCUUGGCGGUUUCAAUUCCCUUUAAGUAAAGAAGGUAAAACAUGUAGAACCUAUAUAGUGUCGAUUAAUGUGUAAUAAAAUUUUUGUCGUUUUCUACUGGUUACUGGCAUAAUACCAAAGACUGUCUUUCAAAUGAGCGACCGUUCUAGAUAUCAGUGACCAAAUGCAACCAUGAUUGCGACCCGCGCCGACUAAGGAAAGUAUCUUUUUUGGUGUGCCGGGUAUCAAUUUGGACUUGUAUUGAAAAGAAACUCCUUGAAGUACUUCGACAGAAAAUAAUCGAAUAGUCCAGAAUAAUUUUUGCUUGGGCACUGUAUCACUUACAUACACUAUGUAGCUUGUCUUGAAUCUAAAAUAUGAACGAAAGCGAUCGGUGGCCCCGUGUUGAAAUGCCGUCCAGUGCCAGUUGGUGCGUUUUUCGCUGAUUUGUGCAAAAUUCAACAUAUCUCAAAAGUUCAAUAGUUGACCCUCAAUUUUUUAUUUAUUUUUGUGUAGCGACAGCAACUGUCUUUCAUGGGAGAAUGGUCACUGUAAGAAUUAUUCAGGAAGAAAUGUAUAAUAUUUGGGGUUUUCCGUGAUUGUCCGGCCCAAUUGGCAAUAUUGCCAUUUGGGAUGGUGAACAGAGCUAGGAGCAAAUGCAACGCUUAUGAUUUAUUUAAAGAAAUAAAAAAUGCCCGAUUUAACAUCCUGCAGAAUCAGGGGAAUCGAGCGUUUCCAGUGAUAUACGACAUAAAUGGGUUGUCCUCAUGCAAUCACUUUGGAAACGCAUUUUAAAAUAUUUGUUACGUCCUGUUAAUGGGUCACGUCAUCAUCGCGUACAUUCGGGAAAAACUCCCUAACGACACCUAAAACACGUGGACAUCUUAUAUGUAUUUUUUCGGGGCGUUGACAUUUUGAUUAGUAAGCAAAUUUUGUCGGAACGGAAUUCGUGACUGAGAAGACUUUCAUGCUGUUUCAAAAUGUACAGGAUCGGGUAAGUUUGACGCCAAAUCUAGAUCUCUAUCGUCACAGACUCACACCACCGGGAAUCCGGCGUGCAUAUCAGAUACCAACCAUGGGCAUGGCGAUACUGAUUACUGGCACACAUACUAGGCUCCUAGGCUCUUCAAUGCAUCACCAUAUAGGCUACGACCAACGCAAAUGCCUGCGUCUAUCGCUGGCAGCAGUGGACAAAAAGCUGAUUUAAUAUACAUAUCAAUUCACGAUUUAAUGUCUAUAUUAAUCGAUUUAAUGUCUAUAUUAAUCGAUUUAAUAGGCCUAUGUGUAUUAAAUCAACCAAUGAGAGCAUCGUUUUUAAUAUCUAUUAUUACGGUUUAUAUCCCGAAGAAUAUCUGUGGCGUAGUGGCUAUAGAGCUCCGGCCUCAUAAUCAGGAGGUCGUGGGUUCGAUUCUUGGAAGGGUCACCGCUGUUUCGUCUUUGUGUACUUGAGUAAGGCACUUUACCCUUCUUGCUCUCCACCCAGGAGUAAAUGGGUACCUACUACCUAGCUGGCAGGGAUGGCAACUCAAGAAUGUUAGUCCUGAGCGCUGUAUAGCUGCAGCUCGGACCUGUAGAUACUCACUCCCAGAGAGUAGAGCUUGAAUCACGACUGUAGGCCUACAGGCCAAUAGCUAGGGGUAAGAAUGUGAAGAGCUUUGAGUGACUGAAAGCAGUUGGAUUUAGCACUAUAUAAGUCUCAUGAUUAUUAUUAUUUUAUUCCGCCACUCACUCGGUAAUUUUAAGGGAAGCCAAUGCUCUACCAAUUCUAAAAUGACUCCCCUUUAUUCUAAGAGGAUUGCCAUCUAAAUUUUGAUGCCCUUUUUUGGGGACUUCUUUGUAAGAAAUCACCCCUUUAACCCAUCAGCAAUGUCAAUAAAUUUAUUAGUUUUUUUACAGAAAACAUGUAAAAUAAGUAGUGUGGUCACACUUUUUAUAUCCUGGCCUCGCUUUGAACACAAAAUGAUCCCCUUUCCUGGCCCUUUGAAAAUAGGAACGCGCAUGCAGCACCUAAAGCUAUCUGACUGGGGGUGUGUGUGUGUGGGGGGGGGGGGGGCAAUAAAUGACACCAAAAAUUGUAAAGACUCACAAGUCCUCGGUCACCCUUUUGAAUGACCUCUGACAGCAAUUUUCGGCUGAUCCAAUCUGAUUAUUGACUUCUUGUGUGGCCUGCAGGCUACCAGAACAGAAAACAGAAAUUAUCCAUGAAGGUUAUAUGAAGGUGCAUGGGCCAAAGUCUAACCAGCAAGCUUAUUUAUUAUCACCAAAUAUUCAUACCCACACGAGACCGGGCUUUGUUGACCCUGUUUUUCGUGAGGAUUUGGAACAAUAAAUAAUUAAACAAUGUUCUCCCCUCCCGAGCCUUUUGCCCCCCCCCCCCCCCUGUACAAAACCAAGAGGCCUACCACCUAUAUGGUAAUCUAUAGGACUUACGACUGCAUGCUUGUGCAAGAAAUGGUAUGGGAUGAAAGGAUUUCUUUAUAUAGAAGUAUUGAGCAGGUGCCGCCAUCAUGCCAUGAUAAGCCGGAGGCUGAGCUAAUUCUUUUUAUUUUGUAUAGAUGGCGACACAAUUUGUAAUUCAAUUUUGGCUCUCUGAAUGAGUGGUCUCUGGUAGGUACUGGGUUUGCUGACACCUUAGAUAAAGGUAUUUGGAUGCUAUAUAGCAAGAGUUUACUUCCAAGUAUAUUCAAGACAGUGGUCUGAUGGCACUGUUCGGUUGAAAUCUAUAAUAACCAGAAUGUGUUCUUCUUAAUGUUUUCAUAAGACGGUCGUAUCUAUGAACAGCUGGUCAAGUUUGCCACUGCUCUCAGACCCCUUCUGCCUGAGAUCAUGUGGUCCCCUGACCCUCAGCAGAGUGUUGACAUAUUUUCAGAGUGUUGACCUCUUGGCCUCCAAAUCCAUUACAAUAUUUAUUAUACAACACCAUCCACAUUAAAGACCAAGAUCCUUUAUUCAAAAUUUAGAAUUAGAAUUAGAAUUUUAGAUUUUGCUUUUAUAUGAAUAUGCAUUGAAUAUAAAAAUACUGUUGUGUACAGUGUCUUGAAAUACAUGUACUAUACAUAUCCAAUUUCAUCAGCCUGGCAUGUUUAGUUACUGUGCACUGCAGCAAUGUUUAUUUUUACCAGCAAGGCACAAGUAGCAGGGUACACCUUUAAAGAACUGCUCCUUUAAGAUGCUAAUGUCCAUUGGUCAAGAUCAUUGAUAGCUGUCUUUGUCUUAUCUCCAGAACCAGGUCCAUCUGCCAGGUACAACUGACUCAUUACCCCGCCCUUCUUCAAUCAGCCAUUGCUAUAUUUACUUGACCCCUAAUCUUAAGGUAAAAGUUCAUCACCUAUUCUCUUGAUUUGGUCAGCAUGGAAGCAUUUUCUUUGCCAUCUGCUUCCAGCUGCAUCCUGUAAUCCUUGCUAUGGAUGGGGCGACAAAUAGUACCAAAUACUUGUUCCCUACCCGAGAGUCACUCAAAUGUCUUACUUCUUGAAGAUAACACCAGGGGGACACACUUUCUUCCUCUCAAUCGAUACUGGGGUCUGAUUAAGACUAUUUGCAUCCAUGUUGAUAAUUUCCCUGACCCCGCCCAAAAGAUGUUGUUUCUUCUAUACAACCCCAGGGGGCACCACCUACUCCUCUGAUUCCCACACAUAUCUAGGGUCCGAUUUAGUCAUCUGGUCCAUGUGACAUCCAUGUUGAUACACUUCCCUGACCCCACCCAAAAGUUCAUCGUCUUUCUUCUUCAAAAAGACACCAGGGGGAACCACCCAAUUCCCCAAAUCCCACAUAUUUCUGGGGUCAACUUUAGUCCACCAGUCUUGUUUAUAAAUUUCUAGGUGCCCCCACUGAAAAGUUCAUGGCCUCCAUCCAUCUGCUUCCCAAUGACACGGUGACCAGGUCAUGAAUGUUGUGAUCUCUCAGAGGUCACAUUCCAGCGUAGAGGUCAGAUAUUCCUACCCCUCCCCUAUUCUUGUACCCCUCUCGAGGUGUCAAAAUUCGUCUAGACUGUUUAAUUUGAGAUGAGAUUUGUCUGGGGGAACAAUGCAGGAAUUGUCCCAACACAAUACAGAAUUGUCCCCGUUUCUAUCCAGAAACUUGGAACAAUGCAAGCGCUGGUAUCACGACAGCGAGAACUGCUAAGCCGAGAGUUUAGCUUCCUCGUGCCCUUGGGCUGAUCUAAAGACGUAAACUUCACCUUUUCCCGGGUGACCUAGUGACCUCAGAGAAGCAAGGGGAGCCGCAGCCAGGGCCAAAAGGUGCUGUUAAUGUCACACAUUGAUGGCUAGAGUAGAGAGGCAUCGCACAAGACACAGUAUUUACACAUUUCCUGAAACAUGUCAAAAAAAUCUAAGUCAAUUUCAAAACUUGUGCAUUUUAUUUUCCAUAUUUGACAAGGAUGUUGUAAACUCUUCACCCCUUUGCUUGAAACGUUGCCAGGACUUCUCCCGCUAAAUUUAUUUGACCCUUGCCCUGCCUCUUAUAGCAGCAUCUUCGCCAGGCAGAUAAUUGAAGGAGCCUCUAGCACUCUCAGAAUAAUAUUUAGUUGGUGGAGUGUGGAGGUGUCCGGGUGAUAAGAACUGUGAGAAAACAAGAGGGUGCUCAUGGCAGGAUGGUUAGAUACCAAAUCUGUUGACGAUUAGAUGAGGUGGAAUAAUCUGCCCGCUGUUGACAUUUCGAACUCCAGACUUGCGCAGACUACCAUGAUUUUUCACAUUUUCUCCAAAACUAAGGUAAAGGUGGAAAAAUGUUAAAUCACAGAAUUCAUCCUAACCUCUACCUUGAAGAAUGCAAUGACGCUGUUUUGCAGACUUUGGGUAUCCCCUGUGGUUGAAAAUGUACUGCUCAUUUCUGUAUGUUUCUCUGACCAUUCAGCAGCAUCUUUGACAUUUUCACUACCAACUUUAUCAUCAUCUUUUCUGAAGAAUACUGAAUUUAUAUUUCCAUUCUUGAACCUGUGUCAAAAUAUUCGAGGUCCACAAAAAUAAUGGUGGCCCUUUAAAUGACCUUAACUUUACCCUUUUAAGAAAUGCAGCUUUCAAGAACGGAAAUGCCAAAUCUGACCAGAUUUCUCCGAUGGCGUUAUUAGGACGCAUUCUUGUCGUACAUGUCUGGACUUGAUUCAAGUUAUGAUUGGCUUGAAACAUCUGCUAUGGAAGUGUUGUGUCAUCCCCUGAAUUCUUAGACAUGCGUUAGUCAAGCGAGACAGACAAGAAACAAGAAAUGAAACAGAAAUGAAAUAUCAUUGCCCUAUGUGGCAUGUUCUCUGUUCUGCAGUCUGUUUGAAUGAAAAUAGAACUUAAGCAGGACAGUGAUUCCUUGUCAACGUCCACUUUUAUAAAUGCCCAUUUCUUCUAUAUAUUUCAUUUCCAUUUCAUUCCUUCAUUGUCCUUGAUAUUUGUGAAACGCCAGGGUGAGUAAUUUUCUUCUCGAAUCCAAUCAAUUUGUGUAUCUGUUUUUAAAAAAAUUUAAAAAUUCCAUUACGUAUUUCAUAUUUUUGUUUUGGCUGUAAAUAGCACAUGAACAGAUGAAUGGCAUGAGGGAGAAGGCUCUACCCUAAGGCAGCUUUCGUCUUCUGUAUUUUUUUGCAUGAUAUGAUCAAGCGAUAUUUCAUAUUGUCUUGUCUGUAAAUGGCUUCUGAUGGUAUUGAAUCAAGUCACGGAAAGGCUGUGCCCGUUGGCUGUUUUCAUCUCCUGUAAUCAUGCUAUAGGAUUUGUAUUUCCUCGUGUUACAAAAUGUCUUACUUGUGCGCAUGGCCUGUAAUUUGCACCAUCUUCCGCAAAUACAAAGACAAUGAAAUACUAAUAUUGCAUCAGGCGGAAUAAUCCUGUUUCCAUUCUGUGUUUUCUAUAUAUUUGAUAUCAUUGUGCUUUUCUUGAAAAGAAUUCACGACAAAAACCACACAGAACCGUUUUAUUGUUUCUUGAUGCUGUUUCUGCCACUAGGUGGGGCAUUGCACAAAAUUCAAAGUUGCAAAAAUAGUUUUACUGUACAAAAAUUAGAAAGAAAUUUCCUGACAUUUCAAAAUAAAAAUCCUGAAAAUUUCACUUUCUUCAGAAAUUUUCGUCAGCCCUACAUUAGUAAAAAGUAAUCGCACGAAUAAACUACUUGUUCUUUAUCAACAGCUGUCUAGUGUUCAAAAUGUGUUCUGGGUCGUGCGAGUUUUGUAUACCAUAACGAAUAAUUUGCUUGGCCUUGCUAUAAAAACAAAGUAAAUACCAAUGUAUACUAUUUGAUAUCAAUACCACGUCAUUGCUGAAGGCAUAUUGGAUCUAAAAAGGGAUGUAUAGCUCCGAGCAUUCAUGGAUAAAUCCUCGAAAAGACGUCCCCUGUGUUUUGAUUUCGAUGAUGAACUCGGCAAAGUUCACGUAUCCUCGAUGCCGAUCUGAAAUAAGACUAUCCGCCAAUGUCAAUAGUUUGCAUUAUUAUUCAUGAUAUUCGGUGUUUUGUUCGAGACAAUGGUGAACACGUGGAUAUUAGUUCAGCCCAUUGUCCCCAGGCGCUUGUGCUUAUAAAUCGUCACUGUUGUAAUCUGAUGAACUUUGGAGGAUGCAAGAAAUAUGGCUUUUUUUGACAAAAUUCUCAUGGCAACUGCCUAAAACUAAAGAUUUAAGGAAAAAUAGCAUUAUUCUUAGUCUUCCCUUUGGCAUUUGCUCUUGUAUUUAAAUUCUCUCUUCAGGAAACAGGUGUCCCUCGAGCCCCAGGAACGUUGAGAUUCAGCAACCUUCCUUUGCCUCCCAAGAGCAAAAAGCUAGCUACAGCCCUGAAUAUAAGGAAGUAAGUAUGUAUUGAGUGAAAUGGCCUCGGAUGUCAGCAUUCCUGUGAGGGGUCUCAUUCACUUUCAAGAGAUUCUAUGCCCGGUGUGAUGCCGUAUUUCAAACACUUUGCCGUAAAUCCUUUUGUUGAUGCAUCUGCUUCAGGGAUCUGACAAGUGUUAUGGCCUUUGAUUCAAAGUUUUUCGAGAUUUUGGAAGUUUCCCUCGUAAUUCAUCUGGAAAUGAUAUGUGUGGGAACUGUGGGAGAUCAUGGUUUAUUGUUGGUGACAGAAUAACACAGCGCCCUCUUUGAGUUGAGUUCUGAAAUCCCUUGAAAAUCUGUUAGGGAUGAUGUGUGGCGCCUUAUUUGUGAUUAGUUUGUGAUAAGUAAUAAAACACUAAUAGAAGUUUAUCAGCUUUCCGAUGAGUGCAGUGUUUUCGACACCAUUACCAAAUAUUUUUUUCACUUGAAAGAUGAAAAAAUUUCUUUUUUGCUCAAAAUGAAGAAACAUCAUCAGCCCUCCCAAAAUUUUACUUUGAAAAUUAUUAUAAAAAAUUAUUAUUAUUAACUUUAUUUGAAAAAGGCCUCCUUUCGUUUACCAAUAAGAAAUUUUGGCUCAAUCCUGAAGCAAUCUUCUCCCCAACCUCAAUAAUACCAACUUAGUAACCCCAAUAUCCAGAAAAAUGGCCAUUUCCCAUUUAACCUCUUAUGUCAUGUCAGUCUCAAUGCCGCUGAGGAGAUUCCUCUUUGCGGUGCCCCACUCAUUGCCACGUGGUUUUCACAUGGGCCGCUGUAUCGUGCUGCCCUCUAUAAAGUAUCGGAACUAAAAAAUUAUUUUCAUGCUCCCCUUGUAAGCAAUUUAUAGUAAAAAUAUUCAUUAUCAUCGGGCCAAAUUUAAUGUCCCUGAAUGAGGCAAGGAUGUCAAAUUUCAGAUUUUAGGCCGAUUUCAGUCUAGUUCCUCUCAUUUAAAGCUAAGUCAGCAGGAAUGGAAAGGACAGGCUCUGUCUGAGCUCUCUGCGGAUUUGGAAUUUUUUAAUUUGGACCCAAAAUAAGCAUUUAAGAGGCAUUUUUGUGCAAGUGAGUGCUGUCCUAAGGACAAUAUUUCUACAAAAAAAGUCAGACGUAAUCCUUUGCUCAUUGGCAUCCCUGAUAAGGUCUCAAAGUUCAUCCACAUCCUCCGUAGCCAGACGCAUCUUCAUUCAUCACUUGUUUCCAUGCUAUUUUAAAAGAGGGUAGCGCAAGGUCAGACUGCCCUUUAAACUUUCUUUUCAUUGAGGUCUUUUGUAAAAUCGUAGAAACAGAAUGAAAGAACUUUGGUUUUGUGAAAUUGAAUGAAUGGUUGGUUUGAAAAUUGGUCCAGGGUUCUGGUAGAAGCCUUGGAUACAUGCAGCCAUCUCAUUCUUUUGCCCCUUUUGUUGAAUGAAUCAUUCAAUAAUUGCCAGGAAUCUGCUUGGUUUUCUGUGACUGGCCAUGACUUGGCUUUGAAUCGGUCAAGUUUAUUCUUAUGAAGGCGAGGAAAUUAUUGAUGUAACACCUCAAGGGGGACUUGUUAGAUCUGCAAUGAAAUAAAUUAUCGUGUUGUGUUUUUGUGUUGAUGAGAAUGGUCAAUGCAAAGGCUGCCAAAGUUACAAAAUGUUGCUUCUGAUGACGAGUUUAUCUCAUUAUUUGUAAUAAAUGCUACCUUUGAAUGAAUACAGCUUGCUGUCUGAUGUACAUUA